CGGGGCCAAGGCGCUGCCGGCACCGAGCAGCGUCCUUGUGCUGCCCCCGGGGCAGCGCUGCCCGAAGCGCCGCGAGGCCCUUCGUGGUGUCGGGGAUCGAUUGCUCCCGAACAUCUGUGUUAAAAAUAAUCUGAAGGAGUACUCAUUACACGGAAGUAGAAACUUAAUAAAUCACUCCAGUGUUAGGAAAAUCUGGAUGAAGUGAAGCCUUCUAGCAUGGUGUCACAGGGAAAACAUUUUUAUCCAGUUAUAAUAGAACCAGCACACCUAAUUAUUCAGUCACCCCUGGGAAACUGUGAUGACAGCUGCCAUGAGGAAAUACCCCAACCCCAUGAACCCCAGCGUGGUGGGAGUCGAUGUCCUGGACAGACACGUGGAUCCCAGCGGGAAGCUGCACAGCCACAGGCUCCUGAGCACAGAGUGGGGAAUCCCGUCCAUUGUGAAAUCGCUCAUCGGCACCUGCAGGACAAGGACCUAUGUGCAGGAGCACUCUGUUGUUGACCCUGUGAAAAAAACAAUGGAGCUUAAAUCCUGUAACAUUUCAUUUACAAACCUCGUGUCAGUAGAUGAGAGGCUUGUCUAUAAACCACACCCUCAUGAACCACACAAAACCAUUCUGACACAAGAAGCAAUAAUAUCUGUAAAAGGUGUCAGUCUCAGCAGUUACCUAGAAGGGCUAAUGGCAAACACAAUUUCUUCCAAUGCUAAAAAAGGCCGGGAAGCAUUGGAAUGGGUAAUUAAAAGACUGAAUGCUGAAAUUGAAGAGUUGGCAGCUUCAGCAAGAGGAACCAUGAGGAAUUCGAUGGCAGCAGCAGCAUUUGUAGAGAAAUGAUGAUAGUUCUUAGACCUGUAUCACUAAUGAGGCAUAACGACCUGCAGCUUCUCUCCAGGCCUGCAUACAUGUAUCCUUUGUUAUUUAAGGAUGUGUG